AUGAAGACGCUUCCAUCCCAUGCGCGUUUUCUUGUGUUUUCUUUGGCUUUAUUCCAGCUGAGUUGGUUCGUCAACAUCAACUUGAAGGAGGCAACCGCCUCUGUUUUGUUCCCAAUGUCUUCUUGUGGAAGCGAAUGUGACGAUUCAAGCAGCACCAUCACUUCCAACGAGACUGACGCUUGUGACACUACACCGCCUUCUCAGUCAGAUGAACAACUUCUCCCUCUUCCGCCAAGUCGGCAAAAUGAUUCCACAAUUCGCCGAUGGGGAUGCAACCUGCAAGAGGCUCCCUUUAUCUUUGUGCACAUUGGAAAGGCGGGCGGUGGAGGUGUGCGUGCUCGAUUGGCGGCAUCUGCUUUGGACUACAAAAGACCAAAUUGGUUUCGUGUACACAAAGAUUUGACCUACUACUAUCCUAUUUGGGACGAUAGCCAAACACUCCACAAAGGACAUUUCGCCAGCUCGACCCUUCCCAACAUGGUCCCCACUGGCAAUGGCGACGCUGUGGAUGCCUUCAAGGGCGAUUAUCAGUGGGAAGGUAUGACACCAUGUGGAGCUACCACUCCGUUAGGACAAGCCAUUGCCUGCCCACUGGUUUCCACGCAAUGCCGCGACGAAAGAACUAGAUACGACAACAACACUCAAGACGGCAGCAGAUGUGACUUGGUGUACAUGGGCCACAACUUACUGGGAAGCGAAUUUCAUUGGUUGCCCACAGACUUCUUGUUGAAGUGGUGGCGAACCAGAUCGUCGAUUGCACAACCAUGCCAUCCGCAUCACCCCAUGACUGCAAGGAUAGCAGAGCUGCUACAGGACAGGCAUCAAGUCAUGAAUGGGACUCUGGAGGUAAUUCCAGUGGAUGGUGACAAAACAUACACACCAAGAAUGGCUUCUCCUUCGGUGCAGCUUCAGUGCGCCAUACCUCCAUCACCCUUUCAUGUCAACUUUACUGACAAGAUCUACCGUCAAUACUACAAGGACAACUACGAGACAUGCUUUCAGCCGAAAGAAGAUGCCGUUGACACAUUGGUACAACAGCUCGCUUCUACACCUGCAAUUUCUGACAUUAAUGAUCCGGGCCUUGUUGGGGCCCGCAUGAUUUCCUCUUUGCCCGUGGUACGAGUUACCGUGCUUCGAGAUCCCUUCUCGUGGCUGCUUUCCAAAUUCUUUUGGCAUCACGAGCAUCCCCAUAUUGCUAUAAACAAUGCUACUACCAAUGCCACCGCUAGUAAUGCCAGCAGCAGCAGCACGCUCCAAUGGGUUUCACCAGAUCGCGGGACACAACGCAACAAGGAACAGUACGUGCACCGCAAACGAGCAGGGAAACCACCGCCACCAGAGCCGUUCGUUCCAUGUGAUGACAUCAACUAUGCCGCCAAUGGAUGGGCUACUCUUCGAGCCACAUCUUACAUUCUCUAUUUGUGUGGACAACAUUGUUUGGGGGCAUAUGCCAAAACGAUAUCCACCUCUGAUAGCAAAGAUCUCACGACAAUCCUCCAACAGCUGCUACCCAACUGGGAACGGCAAGCCUCCCACAACCUGCGUCAUUCGUUUGCAGUUGUUGGGUUGUUGAACGAGACAAACCAGUUUUAUGAGAUGGUCACGCAACGAGUGGCUUAUAUGAACACCAGUCUCAACCCACAAGUUACAGGAAAACAACACUCCAGCAACAAUGGCAAUCAGGAAGCCAAGAGGUGUCGAGAAAGGUAUGCCUCUCAAGAGUUUCAGGACGAACUGUCGUUAGCAUCGCCGGCAGUCGCAGCCCUGCAACGAUUGUACAAGAUUGCAGUAACAGUGAAUCGCUUUCAACAAGAAGAACUGAACCAAUGUAGCUAA